AAGAGAUCGAUGGAAAGAAUUAAGAGUAAACACAGGUGGGGGAGUGUGAAUUCAAGGGAGGUCAGACAAAUGGCGAGGAGACAGCUUGGGCUUGGCUCAGGACUGCUUCAGGCUCCAAAAUCUUUGGAGGUGGCAACCCCACUUGUGAAAAGUUCUAAAAGAACAAUUUCAAGGUUUGGACAACAAAACUUGGUGGUUAAGAGUAGGAAUAGAUUUGGGUCAGUGGCCAGGACAGCUGAGAUGACCUUGAGUUCUCCCACUGUACAUCCAGUGAAUGGCACGAUUUCUAAGGUCACUAUUAACGAUAAGCUUGAGAAAUUAUGGAAUAUGAAAGUGAAGAAGCAGAAUGCUCUAGGCAUGAAUAGCUUUAGUACUCAAUAUUUGAAAAUUAUUAAGAUAAGAAGGAGAGCUACUCUUAUCAAAAUUCACUUCCUUAAGACAGCAUAUACUGCUUUAAAUAGUCUGAGGAAUUCUAAUGUCAGAUUCAGAAUUUUUACAAGUGGAUUCAAGUUUAUAAAUAGGAAUUAUCAUCAAAGAGGAUUUUCUGAUGUUCUUACUCCAAUACCAAUGGCCAAGAAGGCCUCAAUAUGGUCUAAUUUCUCCGAUUGAAUGAACUGUUUUAAAAUGGAUGGCGACUCUGUUGUGAUAGUAGAUAAUCAGGACCUUUUGAUGACAAAGGAACUUAUUUCAAACCUUAUUACUCAGAAGAAGGGUAAAAAUUUACUUUACAAAGAUAUCCUUAUGAAGACUGUUAAUCAGAAGAAGCCUCCCAAAGUUUUAAAAAAGAAAGUUACAAAGUGGAAUUCCCAGAAGAAAUAUGUUAUUAAAAUGAAGACUAAAAAGAACUUGAAGUCAAGAUUGAAGCUUGAAAGGAAGUUCAAAAUAAAUACCAAAAUGUUACCCUGGCAAGAUAAGAAAGAGGAGUUUAGUUUACCACCCAUGCUGAAGAAAUAAAAAUUCCUUGAAGAAGCAUAA